AUGACCGAACAGAAGGAGAGCGGGAUGGUCACAUCCCAAAUUGAUCUGGAAGCGACAAAUGCAAACAUUUCCGCUGAGAAAAAGGGCACCAGCGAUGACCAACGGGACAUGUUUCGUCUGGGCAAGGCCCAAGAGCUUAGACGAAACUUUCGCUUCGUUUCGAUAUUCGGCUUCUCUAUGAUUUUGAUGAACAGUUGGGAAACAAUACUCGGAACGUCAAUAAUCGGUCUUAUCAAUGGCGGUACCGCAGGCAUGAUCUGGAUGUUCCUGGUUGCAUGGAUUGGUUUUCUGGCCGUCAAUAUCUCCAUGGCUGAGAUGGGUUCAAUGGCACCGACUGCUGGCGGUCAAUACCAUUGGGUAUCCGAGUUCGCCCCCAGGCGGUUCCAAAAAUUUAUGAGCUUCAUCGUUGGAUGGUUUUGCGUGCUCGGAUGGCAGACGGGCGCUGCGAACACCGCUUUCCUAGCCGGUACCCAAAUUCAGGGUCUCGUCAUCCUCAACAAUCCCGACUACAUUCCAGAGAAAUGGCACGGAACCCUCCUUACCUUCGCAGUGGCGACAUUCUCCGUCUUUUUCAACACCUUCCUCGUAAAACGACUCCCUUUGGUUGAAGGCAUCGUGUUGAUUCUGCACAUCUUUGGCUUUUUCGGGGUCUUGAUCACUCUUUGGGUUUUGGGACCACGAGGAAAGGCGUCGGAAGUAUUCACCACAUUUAACAACUAUGGCGGUUGGAGUAGCGAUGGUCUCUCUGCCGUUGUGGGUGUCUUGGCUGUCAUGAUUCCACUGCUCGGUGCAGAUGGCGCCGUGCAUAUGUCAGAGGAACUUCGAGAUGCGUCCAAAGUCCUACCGCGCAGCAUGAUUUUGACAACUAUCAUCAAUGGGAGUAUGGGAUGGAUCAUCCUGAUCAGUUUUUGCUUCACCCUCGGAAACAUUGAUGAUGUCAUCAGCUCCCCAACCGGCCAGCCAUAUAUUGCAGUAUUCUACACCGUCACAGAGUCUUACGUUGGCGCCUCGGUGCUGUCAGCUCUCAUCAUCAUCCUUGCAAUUUUCUGCCAUUUGAGUAUCACCGCCACCGCGAGCCGACAGCUGUGGUCUUUUGCUCGAGAUCAAGGCAUUCCAGGAUCAUCAUGGUUUGCUUAUGUACGACCAGGGUGGGACGUUCCAAUGAACAGCUCGACGAUUGCGCUCAACAACAUCACAUCUCUAUCCCUUGUGGCUAUUCUGUCCAGCUAUAUCACUUCGAUUGGAUGCGUCCUCUGGAAGAGAAUUUCUGGACAGGAGCUACUUCCUGCCAAAUUCAGACUUCCGGCGGGCGUUGGGCUAGGACUCAAUGCAUUUAGCUUGGUGUUCCUGACCUUCGCAUUUAUUUUCGCGUUCUUCCCUGGAAACCCGAAUCCCACCGUAGCUCAGAUGAACUGGGCAUCUCUGAUCUAUGGAGCAGUAUUGAUUUUCGCAAUUAUUGAUUACUUUCUCCGAGCUCGACACGUCUAUGAUGGCCCUGUGGAAUAUGUACGCAAACUCAUCUAA